CCCAAAUUACCAAACCAUGCAUCAUUUAGAUGGGUAUAUGUCCUUGUGGGUAGCGUAGCUACACCUAUCUUAACUGAACGAGCAAAAUAAUGGGCCGCUAUGUCCAAUCCUGUUAACGCAAAAGCAAUAAGCGUAGACAAUUUGAAUCUUAUGGUAUAGCUGCAUUGCAAGGCCUGGAAGCUGACGAGUGACGGCAGAAAUGAUGCCAGGGUGGUUGGUAGCUUUUCUCUUUACACUCUUGCAACUGAGCGCAGGAGCAAACCAUAGCACAGAUGUGAUUACUGCCAGCGAAGCGAGGUAUCUCGACCUGGACGAUGCGUUAACAUGGCUUGGUUCGACUGUGGUGGAUGACUUAGUUCCUAUCACAGGUCCAACACGGCAGUUGCAGCAGUUGCAGCAACAUCAGCAGCGGUCAGCCACAUCCAGGACUUCCCAGCGAGCGGUGGAGAAGCGGUGCCGGGGAACGCAGGGCAGCUGGUGUGUGGGUUACAACAGCCAACCCCCCGCUCCCCCGCCGCGGCCAGCCCCCCGCGGCAACCGCACCUGUCCCCGCAACUGCAGCGGUGUGGGGAACUGCAACCACGACACGGGUACCUGCGACUGCCCUGCAGGCUCGCAGGGUCCCGACUGCGGCUCGGUGCUGUUGCGCCCCUGCACAACCCACUUCCGCCACCGCGGGGACGUCCCGGCGGGGCACAUCGAUGCGGAGGGACGCGACCUGGGGCUCACGGACGAGGGGUACACGGAGUCCCGGUGCACAGGCAUCUGCGACCCGGUGACGGCCCGAUGCUUCUGCGACGGCAAGUACCGCCGAGUGAACCCGCCCCCCGGCUCCCCCCCCGGCACACCCGCGCCCGUGCGGGGCCGGCCGCUGCCCAACCACGUGUGCCAGGUGAGCGACGACGGCAAGGGUAACAAGCUGGAGUGGGGUCAGGUGCCCUGGCAGCAGAUCUACGGACCCGACGGCUGGUGCAACUCGGACAAGCCGGUCAUCAACUGCGGCUGCAUGUUCGACGGAUUCUCCGGGGAGCUGUGCGACGAGGUGACGGAGACCAUGUGCCCCAACCAGUGCUCGGGCCACGGCGAGUGCGACAGCGGCUUCUGCAAGUGCCAUGCGGGCUGGUACGGCACCGACUGCGCAAGGAAGGCGGCGGGGCUGCGGACAGAGCCGGGUCUGCAUGAGACCGGCUCUCGGCCCUGGCUAACCGACACCGUACGGGUAUCUCCGGAGGCCGCGCUAGCAGCUGCAACCACCGCUACCACCGCCACCACCGGAGCUGCGGUUGCGGGAACGACCGAAGCCUCAUCAAAGCUUGCCGCUACUGCAGCUGCUGCGGCUGGUGCUGCUGGUGGUGGUGCGGUGGCUCGCAAGCGGCCGCUGAUCUACGUGUACGACCUGCCUCCCGCCUACAACGCGCGCAUGUUGCAGUACCGCAACGACCGGGGGCUGUGCACCUGGCGCACCUUUGGGUCGGGUAACGCCAGCGAGACGUUCGGUUGGACGUACGGGCUGGAGGUGCUGAUGCAUGAGAUGAUGCUGCAGAGCGAACACAGGACGUUUGACCCCGACCAAGCGGACUUCUUCUACGUCCCGGUGUACGGCAGCUGCUUCAUUUACCCCGUCCACUGCUACGCGGAUGGGCCCUGGUGGCAUGUGCCUUCGGGCCCCCGAGUGAUGCAUGUGACCAACAUGAUGCUGGAGGUCCGCGACUGGAUUCGGCAGCACUUCCCCUUCUGGGACAGGCGGGGUGGUCGGGACCACAUCUGGCUGAUGACGCAUGACGAAGGGGCCUGCUACGCACCCACAGAGAUCUACAACACCUCCAUCCUGCUCACCCACUGGGGCCGUACCGACCCCUCCCACACCAGCAACACCGCAUACACACCCGAUAACUACACACAGGAGUUCCUGCACCCGCAGCAGCCGGGCGGCUGGCUGGGUCGCAUUGCGGGACACCCCUGCUACACGCCGGGGAAGGACCUGGUCAUCCCCGCACUCAAGCUGCCGCCCCACUACUCCGCCAGUCCACUGCUCUUCCACCCGCCCCGCCACCGCCCCACGCUGCUGUUCCUGCGGGGGGACGUGGGGAAGACCCGACUGCCCAACUACAGCAGGGGCAUCCGACAACGGCUGUACGAGCUCGGCAAACUCCACGACUGGCGCUCCCGCUACGCCGUCCUCAUCGGCGACGGCUCAGACGUCCCCGGCAGCUACUCCGAGCAACUAGCCAGCUCGCGUUUCUGUGUGGUGGCGCCCGGAGAUGGCUGGAGCGCGCGGAUGGAGGACGCGGUGCUGCAUGGCUGCAUCCCCGUGAUCAUCAUGGAUGGGGUGUCGGGGGUGUGGGAGGAGCAGCUUGCGCUGGCGAGGGCAAGUGUGCGAGUGCGGGAGGGGGAGCUGGAGGGGCUGCCGGAGAGGCUGGCGGCGAUUCCGGAGCGGGUGGUGGCGGGGAUGCAGCGGCGGCUGAGGAGGUUCUGGCACAGGUAUGCCUACGCCAGCCACCCGCUCCUCGCCAAGCAGAUGAAGGAGGUCAUCAAACGCAACGUGGAGGUCUGGAAGGUGAGGGGCGGCGGGCAGCAGCAACAACCACACAACGAUGACAACGAC